AUGACUUCUUUUCCACCAGCAAGCCUUGCCGUGAAAGAUGCAGGACUCCUCCUCGCCAACCCCUACCUCCCUAUGGAAGCGGGUGUGGCCUACGCCGAAGAUGGCAUUUGUCACAUUGCCGCAUCAACCUACAUGAAAGGUAGCACCGGUGCAAUGAUAGACUGGUGGUUUGGCUGGAUCCAUAGCACGGAGCAGUACAAGAUCUGGCAUCCACGCGACCAUGUAUUCUCCGAUUGGGAGGGGCCCCGCGAGAACAACAGCACAUACAUUGGCGGCCACCAUCUCGUCCAUGAAUAUAUUGGAGGUGAGCUACAGAAGCUGAAGAUCUCAUUUAAAGAUCCAAGUGAAUACUUCGGGUCCAACUGGAAGGACGCCUUUAAAGAGGCCGGGUACUCCACAGCAGUGUGUGGACGUACUGGAAUGUGGGAUGACGAGACGGGCAAUGUAGUCUAUGUUGGACACUUGAUCCACUUGAUCAAGGACGAACCUGAUGGUGUGCGGAUGCGAUCUCGCUUUUGGCUGGGAGAUGUGGAAGGAAUUACGGACCCGGAGAUCAGGAAGACCAAUGUGCCACAGAAGUUUGCAAUGGGCUUAAUGCAGCAUGCUACAGAGGAGAUGGCUAUCCUGGCUACUGUUCUGCCGGAAUUAUAUGCAAAGUACUCGAAGGACUCGGGAGAGAAGCUGUGA